ACCCGCGUCAUACUUCGGAUGGUGUGAAGUAGAAGCAGUAUCCAUUUUACUGUUCUGUGAACAAGUACACAAGUCCGCAAGAAUGGUGAUAAUUCAUAUAAAACCAUCUAUUGUUGAUCCCCUGAAGGGGAAAUAUACUAAAGGUUUAUGGUCCAAACUAAAAACUCUACAUACUGCCAUGGCAAAAGCUAACCCAUUAGUAACAUAUUAUUCGUAUAUUUUUAUCCCAUUUACGAUAGUUGUGCCUAUAAUCCUUUAUUUUGGACACCGAAACGAACAGUAUAUUCCAAAAUAUUACGAGUAUAUCUACAUUAUUAGACCAGACGAUCCUAGAGUUCAACGUAUUAGAAAAGAUGAUAGUUUACGUCUUAAUCCCACUUUCAUGUUAGAUAGCAUACAUAUGCCUGGUACGAUAUAAUUUUGCUUUAAAAGAAAUUAGUAGUAAAUAAAUAUUUGCUGUCAAACAAAAACUCAACAUACGAUUGUAUAUUACUUUACAAUCUUAAAUCGUUUUAAGGAACAUAAAAACGUAAAUAAAUUUACUCAUACAUGUUAUGUGAUUCAUACAGUGGUAUAAAUAAAUGUAUAUUGAUAUUAUUA